GUUUCUUUUAAGGAAAAUCCCAGUGGUAGCAGCUGUGAAACAGUUUUCCCAACGCGCGCACUCACACCCAGCCACAGUCACGUUAGCAAUUUCCCUGAGACUGUCUGGCUAGCUUAAGCUGGUGCAUGGUUCAUUGUUGCUUUGCUAUAUUUGUUGCUCUUUUGCUUAAAUCGUGGGAAAGGUGGAGCACGUUGUUGAUGUUUUCCAAUCCAGGUUGUGUGCUGCUUCGCGUGUGCUAAUUUUCCGGUGAUUUGUUUUUCCUGGCUGCUGACACUGAGUGGGUGGUGGUUGGGUUGAGCCGUGUGUAUUUGUGUAUUUCUCUAACCAAGUGUGAAGCAAUCCGGUGAUUGCUUCCUGUGAGCGAAAUUGCCACCAGGUGCAUCAUCGUCGCCAGAGUUAUUUCCUCACACCGAAAAUUGCGACCAGCUGGUGGUGAUUUGGUUGCACCGCGAAAAAAAACGAGUGAGGUGUAAUUUUUCAUAUUUUUCCCACACCCAACAGAGAAGUAGAAGAAAUGUUCGGAGAUCUCGUGUGUGAGUAAAUUUCCCAUCGUCUUCGACGUCGGGCUUGGGUGAAGAGUGAAAAAUCUCCGAAAUCAAUCGGGUGGAAAUUUUGCCCCUUUUUGUGAAACGCAAAACCGAAAAGUGAAGUUAGUUGUGGAUGUUGAUGCUGCCACAGAGUGGAUGUUCUUCGGAUGAUUAAGUGCCACGGAUUUUCCACAAGGGAUGAGCAGUUAGCUUCUGGAUAACUUCCACAUAAUCAGGAACCGACCAGAAAAACCCUCCGCUCAUGCAACCGAGUCCAGUUCAUUAUCCAACUGAAAGCAAGUGUUAAAAAGCUGCCUCUCCCUCGCCGCCACGCUCCAUCCCUGGAACAUGUAAAUGGUCGCGGGAAAAUUAACCGUGGUCAGUGCUCGAUCCCAGAUAGGGAAGGAAAGCGGAAAACUCGUUGGAAAAUAAAUUUACACUAAUCGUACCCCUUUUCGUCCUCUCGGCCAGCGGAGAAAAGCAGCUCCGAAAAGGGCAAGUCGCCUAAAACAAGCCCAACAAGCACACGGCCCGAGCAUAAAUCGCUUUUCAAUUUAGCCACCGUGUAAAAGCUGCUGAAAUUGCGGGGCUUUUUCACCGCUCUGUGGUGGUUACUUUCCACGGCAGGUCAGUUUGGGGAGGAAAAGUAAGAAGUAAAAGGAGUAAGCUUCUAGUGAAGGGAACGUGAUAAUCGUACCAAAAGCGAGAUAUUAAAACUCUUUCCCGCGCGAUAUUGCAACGUCGGGGGAAACUCGCCUUUCCAGGCUCAGUGUUACUGUGUGAGUGAAAAAGUGGGUGGGUGAAAAAAAAGAAGCAACAAAAAGUUCACGUGUCCAGUGGCGGAACACGUUUCGAGGACCGCAGUCGGAAUAAACAAUUUAAUCCAGCAGAUUCAGGGUAUUCUGGGUUGGUCUGGUUGGCACGGAACGCGGACAAAAUUAUAAAUAAAUCACACCAGACAGCGGCGGCGGCGGCAUCGGUGCUGGUUUGGACAAUGUCUGCCACCGGAGGAAUGGACGCCGCGACGACCGAUUCAACAAGUUGGUCGAUCAUUUCGGUGGAUUGAAUGGAACGAUGCUCAACGUAGCCCUUUCUAGACGCACAUCAACCAGCAACAAACGGUGAUGGGUCAUUCUCGCCGCCAUCAACACCAUCACCGAGAUCAUCGCUGUCACUGCUAUCGAUCCCGGUCAACCCGCUGCCAGCGGCCAUGGUUGAUCACCGUAGUCCUACUACUGCAGCUAGCAUUCCAUCUAUCAUCCGGCCUAGCGCUCGAGCAGCAGCCGCUUCUACCACGUGGCGACCCGUCAGACGCCUCCUCAUCCUUAGCCAGCACGUCGCUGCCACCGUGUGAAGCGAAAACGCUCGAUGAAAUUCCACCGGAUCCGUUCUACGAUGUGUCGUCCAUCACUGUCCAGGCAGCUAAGGCGUUCGCCGACUUCCUGGCCGAGCGUCGGAUUGACACCAGCAAGGACGACCGGAAGCUGAGCAUCGCCCGGGAGAAGGCAAACGAACUUGCCAGUGGCGUGCUCAAGGAGGACGAUGGCCUACUUGCGGUGGCCAUUGCCUCCCCGAGGCUGCCCCUGGCCGUCGUUCAGUUCCGGGACAAAAUCGACCCCAUCCACGCGAACCUGUCCGAGACGAAGAUCUUUCUGUCCACGUACUGGCGUGAGCUGGGCGCCGCCUGGAACCAAAGCAACGGCGCCCAGUUCUGGGGCGCCCCCUUCCGGGACUGUGGCCCCCUGUACGGACGGUGGCUGUGGCCGUUCAGCGUAACGGUUGAAUCGCAAGGGUACAAGAUCGUGGCGUCGGCGUUCAUCGCGGCCGACGUGGACCAAUGCAACGACGCGCUGGAAGCCAUCUUCGGCCGGCGACAUUCCUGCGACCGGGAGUCCACCUUCUGUCUGAUGUCGGACCCGGACGAGGGCAGUGGCGGGCUGGACGGCGGAGCCAGCAGCCGGGGGAAGUACACCUGCGUGUGCCGCGACGGGUACUACAUCCCGAACGAGUCCUUCCAGGGCUUCACCUCGGACAAGAACGACGCAAAUGUGACGAACUUUAGCUGCAUUCCAUGCCCGAGCGCGUGCGAGUGCAAUUCGGCCGGCAGCUGCGAACGCCCGGACGAGGACUUCAGCACGGAAACGCUGAUGAAGGCCACCAUUGGUGCUAUUUUGGGAGCGUGUAUGCUUUGUUGUUUAGUGUUAGCGUUAAUUGUGUUCCGUCAACGAAAGUGCAAGACAAUUGCAACGGGGAUGUGGACCAUUUUAGAGACAAUUUUAUUCGGGAUAUUACUUUUGUAUCUAGCGGUUGCCCUGCACUUCCUGCAAGCGUCCACGUUGCGGUGCCUGCUCGAACCGUGGUGCCGCGAGCUGGGCUUCAUCAUCUGCUACGGUGCAAUCGUGCUCAAACUUUACCGCCACCUGGUGGAAUUCCGCACCAGGAAAGCUCAUCGAUGGGUUGUGAGAGAUUUAGAUUUGCUGCGCUACCUGUGCGCGAUGAUCGUCGCGGUGCUGUGCUACCUGGCCGCCUUCACCGCCACCAGCAUGGACUUCCUGCGGUACAGCGAGCUGGUGUGGAAGGUGGAGAACACCGACGACCAGGUCACGUCCAACAUGUGCCGGCCGCUCAAGUGGGACUACGUGACGGAGGCCGGCGAGCUGCUUAUCCUGGGCUUCGGCCUGCAGCUGGCCAUCGCCAGCCGGAACGCGAACACGCAGUUUAGGGAACGACAAUUCCUCGUCGCAUCGAUACUGAUCGAAUUCCUCGUCUCGUCCACGUUCUACAUCCUGCGGUUCUGGUACCUGGAGGAGUUCAACCCCUCCACCCUCUUCCUGGCCCUGUUCGUGCGCUCACAGCUGACCAACACCAUCACCCUUGGACUGAUAUUCCUGCCAAAGCUCUGGUACCAGCACAAACAGGUUCGUUCCCUUGCCCAUGAAGUGUCCUUCCGCUUACCUGUGGAUGCAUUCAAGGGGGGCCACGACAGUUCCCACCACGGCGGCGUCCUCGGCACCUACGCCGGCAUCUGCGUCGGCGACCCGGAGGUCGGUGACGUGACCAUCUCCGAGAUGAGCCCGGAGGACAUCCGCGCCGAACUGAAAAGACUGUACACUCAACUAGAAUAUUUAAAGAAUAAGACCCUACGACAAGACAAUCCUCACAUCAGCAAGCGAAGGGGAGGCCGGAAGGUGGCCCACCGGAGAUUCUCGCUGCAGGCACUAAGCGCCAAACAUCGCAACAAUCGUCCAGCGGUCAGCGAGGUGGAGGUGACCGAAGCGGAACCGUCCCGCACACCGGAGGACUCGGUGUGCAGCGUUGAGGGCCCGACCGACACCGGCACCGUGACCGGUGCGGAAAUUUCGGGCAUUUCCAGCUCGAAAUAGCAGCCCUCGGCGAACAACAGCAACGGCCAUCACCGCCCUCAUCCUUCCCAGCAGAGCAAGUAUCGCUUCUUCUAUCAGCCCCAAAGCCAGCAGCAAAGGCACAGUCAGUCGCAAAAGUCAUGCUACCGAGAGUACAACUUUUAAGCUUACAUCACCGGUUUGGUACAUUCAGUUGCUUCAAAAAGUUAAAUUCAAACAAAUCAGGACCAAAAUCAUCCAAAAGAAAACAUCUGAGUAAUUUUUAACCCAAUUGCAUCACCAAAAUGGCUUAAAAUUGUUUGGUCUGUUGGUAUCUCAUUUCAAAAGCAACUGAGUGUGCGCCCAGAUAUCCUACCCCUCCAAUAUAGUCAGGAUUCGAGGCAGAUGGUGGAUUGAGUGACAAGAUGGCUUUAUUGUGCCAAGCAAGGAAGAAGGACGGAAGGCAUCAACCACCCACGACAGUUUUUACAGUCACCAGUCACACACCGUUUGAGGUGUGCAACAGACGCGAUGAUUAAUGAAGUUUGUAUAAAUAAGUAGCUAAUUACCAUCAGAGUGUGUUGUGUGGAGCAACGAGGACGAGACGGGGGGUGUUCUUCCUUAAGAAGGUAGAGAGGAAUGUUUCGAAUGAUUUCAAAGAAUACUGCAUAAAUGUGUAAUUCCAAGCAAAAAGCUUCUCUUCUCUACGAUUGGUCUGCGUCUCCAACAAAGUAUCGCGUGAGUUUUGUUGUGUUUUUAACUUUCCAGAGUAAUAAAUAGCUCAAAUAAAAGUGAUUAAGCAACUCUGCAUUGUUGAUGUAUCUGAAAUGGACAUUUUAUUUAAAUAGCGGAAAACUGUAAAAGUGAUGAAAAUUGGUCGAAAGGUAUAUUCCUUCGGUUUAUUGGAUGCUAAAGUUUAAAAAAAAUAAUUUUGAAAUGCCAUUUUUAAUGGACAACACAGACAUACAGACGUAAUUCAUUGAACAAACAUUGCCUAAAUCCAUCAGUCACUUAAAAAGGAAGAAGAAAAGCAGCAUUUGAGCAAUUCUCUACGAAAUCGGUCUUUUUUCUUCAAUUUUAAAUUUUUGUAUUUUUUAAUCCGACUGAAACUUUUUUGGUGCCUUCGGUAUGCCCAAAGAAGCCAUUUUGCAUCAUUAGUUUGUCCAUAUAAAUUUCCAUACAAAUUUGGCAGCUGUCCAUACAAAAAUUAUAUGUGAAAAUUCAAAAAUCUGUAUCUUUUGAAGGAAUUUUUUGAUCGAUUUGGUGUCUUCGGCAAAGUUGUAGGUAUGGAUAUGGACUACACUGGAAAAAAAUGAUACACGGUAAAAAAAAUUUGGUGAUUUUUUAUUUAACUUUUUAUCACUAAAACUUGAUUUGCAAAAAAACACUAUUUUUAUUUUUUUUAUUUUUUGAUAUGUUUUAGAGGACAUAAAAUGCCAACUUUUCAGAAAUUUCCAGGUUGUGCAAAAAAUCAUUGACCGAGUUAUGAAUUUUUUAAUCAAUACUGAUUUUUUCAAAAAAUCGAAAUAUUGGUCGCAAAAUUUUUUCAACUUCAUUUUUCGAUGUAAAAUCAAAUUUGCAAUCAAAAAGUACUUCAGUAAAAUUUUGAUAAAGUGCACCGUUUUCAAGUUAAAUCCAUAUUUAGGUGACUUUUUUGAAAAUAGUCGCAGUUUUUCAUUUUUUUAAAUUAGUGCACAUGUUUGCACACUUUAGGAAAAAAUAUUUUUGAAAAGCUGAGAAAAUUCUCUAUAUUUUGCUUUUUCGGACUUUGUUGAUACGACCUUUAGUUGCUGAGAUAUUGCAAUGCAAAGGUUUAAAAACAGGAAAAUUGAUGUUUUCUAAGUCUCACCCAAACAGCCCACCAUUUUUUAAUGUCGAUAUCUCAGCAACUAAUGGUCCGAUUUUCAAUGUUAAUAUAUGAAACAUUUGUGAAAUUUUCCGAUCUUUUCGAAAACAUUAUUUUCAAAAUUUCAAAAUCAAGACUAACAUUUUAAAAGGGCGUAAUAUUGAAUGUUUGGCCCUUUUGAAAUGUUAGUCUUGAUUUGAAAAUUUUGAAAAUAAUAUUUUCGAAAAGAUCGGAAAAUGUCACAAAUGUUUCAUAUAUUAACAUUGAAAAUCGGACCAUUAGUUGCUGAGAUAUCGACAUUAAAAAAUGGUGGGCUGUUUGGGUGAGACUUAGAAAACAUAAAUUUUCCUGUUUUUAAACCUUUGCAUUGCAAUAUCUCAGCAACUAAAGGUCGUAUCAGCAAAGUCCGAAAAAGCAAAAUAUAGAGAAUUUUCUCAGCUUUUCAAAAAUAUUUUUUCCUAAGGUGUGCAAACAUGUGCACUAAUUUAAAAAAAUGAAAAACUGCGACUAUUUUCAAAAAAGUCACCUAAAUAUGGAUUUAACUUGAAAACGGUGCACUUUAUCAAAAUUUUACUAAAGAACUUUUUGAUUACAAUUUUUUUUUUUUGUUUUAUUAUAGAGACUUUACACCAUUGUGCAUUCAUCUCUUCAAGGUGGAUAGUGGAAGAGGAAAGGUUACAGAGUUUUAAAUCACUUGUCUGGCUAUAUUUCAAUAAUUGUUACCAUGCCUUUUUUCUAAAGAUUUCUGUCUAUGUUUCAAAUAUUUAGCGGAAAAUUUUGAUCUUAAAUUAUCAAGUUCUUCAAUUUUAUCUUCGUCCUCUUCCUCCAGGGAUUUAACAGUUAUCUCAUAACACUUAUUCCUAUAAUAUUUUGCUUUUAUGACAUCUUCGUCUUCUUCAUCUGUUGUUUCUUCUUCAGCCAUCUCUCUUCGUUUUGUUGUCAAUUCGUCAUCCGCGUCCAAAUAUGCUUGUAAGCGCUUCCGGGUUUUGCGAGUGUGCUUAGAAAGCACGGUCUCGAAUCCAUCGUUGUCUUCUUCGUCAAUUUGACUUGUUUGCUUUGGAUGUUGGUCUGAUUUACUGUUGUUGCUUUUACUGCUGCUGCUGCUACUUGGCUCAGGUUCAAUCGGUGGUGUACUGCUUUUUUGGUUCACCUUUUUAGUUGAAUCCGCACAUUUUUUGUUCUUUGCUUUGAGUUUGCAAAGCGAUUUUUUGCCUAUAAUCGUCACUGUUGCAGCAGCAUUGUUUACAGUGAUUGAUUUCGGCGUUGGCUGUUUCAGCAACAUCCGCAGGGUCCGAACUCCAUUUGGGAUUCCUGGGAAGAAGUUAAUCCAGCGGUCGUUGGUGAUGGUCAAAAUUUCGCCGUAUUUACUCAUCACUUUUACUACGUCGUCAUUGCUUAUGCCUAGAGGUAGGUCAAGCACACGAACUUCCGUAGCGUUGUUGUCCAGGUAAAUCGGGAUUUUGCAACCCUGAUAUACCAGAGGUUUGUCGAUGAUGGACGAGGCCACUGCUGAGUCGGCGAACUGCAACACGGCUAUUCUUCUUCUAUUGCAUAAUUGCAAUGCUCGCAAGUUUUCUUGGUUUACUUGAAGGUCUGCGAGGAAUUUUUUUACAAGCUUCGGGCCUGGUUGGGUUUGGAGUUGACAAAAAUCCAGAACCACACUGUUUUUGUCUACGGUGCACAUUUAAAAAAAAAAAGCGGCGACGCGCACACAAACUGCGGACUGGCGUUGAUAAUGCGACUUGUAAGGUCGGCGGUUACUUUGCAACUGUGAUUACAAAUUUGAUUUUACAUCGAAAAAUGAAGUUGAAAAAUUUUGCGACCAAUAUUUCGAUUUUUUGAAAAAAUAAGUAUUGAUUAAACAAUUCAUAACUCGGUCAAUGAUUUUUUGCACAACCUGGAAAUUUCUGAAAAGUUGGCAUUUUAUGUCCUCUAAAACAUAUCAAAAAAUAAAAAAAAUUAAAAAUAGUGUUUUUUGCAAAUCAAGUUUUAGUGAUAAAAAGUUAAAUAAAAAAUCACAAAUUUUUUUUUACCGUGUAUCAUUUUUUUUCCAGUGUAGUCCGUAUCCAUACCUACAACUUUGCCGAAGACACCAAAUCGAUUAAAAAAUUCCUUCAAAAGAUACAGAUUUUUGAAUGUUCAUACAUCAUUUUUGUAUGGACAGCUGCGAAGUUUGUAUGGAAAAUUAUAUGGACAAACUAAUGAUGCCAAAUUGGCUUCUUUGGGCAUACCGAAGGCACCAAAAAAGUUUCAGUCGGAUUAAAAAAUACAAAAAAAAUCGAAUGGCCGAAAUCCUAGAGAACUGCUCAACUAUCUCAAUCUGGUGGCCAAUGAGCUUUCUCGACCAAAACUGGAAAUUGAUUUUAUUUGAUUUUUAUUAUUUUUAUUUUUUAUUUUGAUAAAACUUUGUGGGGGUUUUCCCGUUUACCAAAAAAAGCCAUUUUGUCCAUACAAAAACGUUACUUAAAUAUUCGAAAGAUUCAAGGAUUGAUGAGGAUUAUUCUGAAAAAAAAAAAUAGGUUCGAGGAAAAAAAAUCUCGCAGAUUUUGCUAUAAACUUUUUUGUUGCUAAAAUUGGAUUUCCCAAAAUUGCUUUUUUAUUUUUUUUUUAUUUACGUACCAUUUUGUGUAUUGACAACUGAGCGAAAUCGAUCUUUUUUUUAAUUUUAAUUUUUGUAUCUUUUAAUCCGGCUGAACUUUUGUGGUGCGUUUGGUAUGCCCAAAGAAGCCAUUUUGCAUCAUAAGUUCGUCCAUAUAAUUUUCCAUACAAAUUUGGCAGCAGUCCAUACAAAAAUAAUGUAUGAAAAUUCAAAAAUCUGUAUCUUUUGAAGGUAUUUUUUGAUCGAUUUGGUGUCUUAGGCAAAGUUGUAGGUAUGGAUAAGGACUACACUGAAAAAAAUGAUACACGGUUAAAAAAAUUGGUGAUUUUUUAUUUAACUUUUUGUCACUAAAACUUGAUUUCCAAAAACACACUUUUUUUUAAUUUUUUUAUAUGCUCUAGAAGACAUCAAAUGCCAACUUUUCAGAAAUGUCCAGGUUGUGCAAAAAAUCUUUGAACGAGUUAUGAAUUUUUGAAUCAAUACUGAUUUUUUCAAUAAAUCGAAAUGUUUGUUGCAAAAUUUUUUCAACUUUAUUUUCGUUGUAAAAUCAAAUUUGGAAUCAAAAAGUAUAUAACAGAAAUUUUAAUAAAGGGCACCGUUUUCAAGUUAAAGCCAUUUUGAGGUAACUUUUUUGAAAAUAGUCGCAGUUUUUAUUUUUUUAAAUUAGUGCACAUGUUUGCCCAAUUUUGAAAAAAAAAAUUUUUUUAAAGGCUGAGAAAAUUCUCUAUACUUUGCUUUUUUAAACUUUGUUGAUAAGACCUUUAGUUGCUGAGAUAUUGCCAUGCAAAGGUUUAAAAACAGGAAAAUUGAUGUUUUCUAAGUCUCACCCAAACAACCAACAAUUUUCUAACUUCGAUAUCUCAGCAACUAAACAAUAUUUCAAAAUUUUCAAAUCAUGUCUAAUAUUUCAAAAGGGCCAAAAAUUCAAUAUUACGCCCUUUUGGAAUGUUUGUCUUCAUUUUAACAUUUUGAAAAUAUUGUUUUCGAAAAGAUCGGAAAAUUAAUAUUGUUAAUCGUACCAUUAGUUGCUGAGACACGACGUUAGAAAUUGGAAUAUUAGGGUGAGACUUAGAAAAAAUAUCAACUGUUUGUUAUUCGCUUUGUAAUUCGCUGUAUCUCAGCACCACUGGUUGCUAAUCUUCAAUGUAUCUUAUACAAAAUUUUUUGAGCUCUAGAUUAAAUUUUCAAAAGGUCCUAUCUGAGUAGGAAACCCAUGACGCAUAGGUUGUUUUGAAUAUUUUCAGGAAUGGACAAUCAUGGACACUAUUUUAAAAAGUAAAAAAACCUGAAUUUAUCGGACAAAAUUUAACAUUGAAUGGCUAUAUUUUGAAAACGAUGCGCUCAAUCAAAAAAUUGUAAAGUACUUUUCAAUUCAAGUCAACACAUUUCAUGUACAUGAUUUAAUAUUUUUUACAAAAAUCACUAUUUAUAAAAAAUAUAACUCGUCGGCAAAAUUCCAUUAGUAUCCGAUUGACAGCCAUUUUCUUAAUUAAUAAAACAAUCAUUUUCCCCCUGAUUUGUUGUGAAUUUCAGGACACUCAUUAUUAAAUAUGACUGCAAUUAAAUUAAAAUAAACUUUUUUUUCAAUUUUAAGGCCUAGACUAAUUCUGAAGAUUCCGCGUUUUGUACUCCGGAUCCGUUUGUAGACAUGAAACUCAUAGCCCAAGUUAUAUACAUACCCAAAGUUUUUUUUAAACGACCUAUAAGCUAUUGUGUUUUAUAUGUUUUUAGGACCUAUUAAAAACACUCUAGAUAUAUCCAUAGCUGCUAGCGUUCCGUCCACUUGACAAGUAAUAUUGUACUAACACAACCACAAUGCAGCACUCGUAGCAUGGAAUAAAAUUGCAAUAUAAAGCAAACCUCCCCUGGGACGAUGUACGAGUUUCCACAUACGUACCGAGCGCAAACCCAACCCUUAAAAAGUCAAACAAUGCAAGAGCAACAAAUCUCAUUUCGAAUCGUUCCAAUAUUUACACACAAUAAGCUUCCUGGUUGCCUUCCGGAAGCUUCAAACCCUCAUCCGCCGCCGUCGGCAUCCGAGUAUUCCCGAGAGUUUAGUUUUAUGUAACAAAAUGUCGUCCCCAACUCCGAGUGCUGUCCGUCCCGGAAGAUGGAUCGAUGUCUAGCGGUUCCAUUACACCCCGCUCAGCUGCAUCUCCACCACGCCACGACAGGUGCGCUCCUUCGUCACCGAAAAAAAAGUAAGAUUUUCACCCGGGGAAAACUUUUACUUCCCGCGAUGAUGUAUUGUCGAUUUCACGAACAGCAACUUUUCCGCAAAAUUGAACGAAAGUUUUCGUCGUCGUCUUCGUCGUUCGCGGUAAUAAAGCACUUGAAGCACUCGUCGGAAAAGUUUCACCGCCGGUGGUCGGUGGCAAGAUUCGCGAAAGAAAACUUUACUUCUGUUGCGCGAGCAAUCUUACUUUCCAACUACUUAUAUUUUCCGUUGAGGACGUGGUAAAAGAUUCUAAACCUGAGACUUUAACUUCCUGGUGGAGCUUUAGGGUACAGCAGACAGUCGAGGGUGAAAUGAUCUCGAUUUGAAUUGCGAGGUAAUACUGAGAGCAUUUUGCUCACAAAUUACUUACCUGCACAUCAACAAAAAAAAGAUCGAUUCCCGGACAACGACUGUUUGUGUUUUUGCAUUUAACUGAGAGUUAAAUGCUCAGAACCAAAUUUAAGAGCUUUUUCCUCCUACUUGGAAGAUGCAUGCAGAUGAUCAUUCGAAACUAUUCCCGACAUCCUUCUGCUUCGAAGAAUGUAAUGAAAAUUGUACAUAUAGCAAAACAACGUUGAGAAUGUUUAGCGUGCUAAUAAAAUGAAAGAAAACAAAACUGCAAAUUGUUACCAAGGGCAUCCCUGUUUUAAAACAAUGGUAUCGUUUCCGUUUGGGUAGGUUCCCGUGAAGGAACCGAGUGUUUGUUUUGUUAUAUACGCUUAACACGGCAGUUCGAGCAAGUUUAAAUUGCUCUGUAAAUUAAUUGAUUGUAACAAACCACCAGGAAUCGCCAUCGCUUGAAAGUACGUAGCCUGUAAAUGAAAAAAAAAAAUGAAAUAAUAAGGAAAACACAACCCAAGAGCUUAGCUUACUAAUGCUUAAAUCGCGUAUUCAUUACGAUAAAUUGGCAUCGAUGUGAUUAAUUCUUUAAACUUUCUCGGCGAAAUGCACAACGUAAACGAUGUAAAACUUCUUUAACUAAAACACAUACACACAAACAUAACUAUAUUGCUAGGAAGAAUGGUAAAAAAAUCCCACAAAAACCGUACUUAAGUAUUUGUUGUUCUCCUCUUGUUCCCCCCAUUUAACGCUAAGUGAUUUAGUCAGUGAUAAGGAAAACAAAACUGUGCGCCAAGCCAACUAAAAACGCUAAACUUAUCAAGAACAAAAACGCAAAAUUUCGAUGACAACUAAGCAAACUAAAACAAUACACAUGUGAAUGCCGCAUGAUGGCGGAAAACUACUCACAAGAAGUAAACAUACACGAACUUUUUGAGUUACUAUUUUAAUAAAAAAAAACGCUUCAGUUUCCUUCAUUCGUUCUUUGGAUAACGCAAGAACAUCCAGAAAGAAGUUGUAAACAAACGCCAAAGGAGAGUACUUAAGUUGUUGUAAGCAUGUAAACCAAAAACAAAAAUCAUGUAAAACGCGCGAACUUUCUUUGCCGAAAUGUUUUGCACCAGUCGUGUAACAGGUCGUGUAUUGGUAAAAAAAAAACAAAACAAAAAC